GCUUGUGUUAACAGCAACUUGUUCAUUUCUGCGACAGCUACCGGGAGGGCCCAGGCCACCUGGAAAAGCCUGCUGCACGUCCCCUAUGGAGAUGGAGAAGGGGAGAGAGUGGACAUCUACUUUCCCAACAAGGCAGCUGAAGGUGCCUUGCCUUUCUUCCUGUUCUUUCACGGAGGAUACUGGCAGAGCGGAAGUAAGGACCAGUCCGCCUUCAUGGCCGACCCACUGGCAGCGCAGGGAGUGGCCGUGGUGAUAGUGGGUUACAACAUCGCCCCUAAAGGUACCCUGGACCAGAUGGUAGACCAGGUGACCCGCAGCAUUGCGUUUGUCCAGAAGCGGUAUCCAAGCAAUGAGGGAAUUUACCUGUGUGGACACUCAGCCGGGGCCCACCUGGCUGCCAUGAUGCUCCUGGCCGACUGGACCAAGCAUGGAGUCACGCCCAACCUCAAAGGCUUUUUCCUGGUGAGCGGAGUCUUUGACCUGGAGCCUAUGGUGUAUACGUCACAGAACGUUGCUCUCCAGCUGACCCUGGAGGACGCUCGGAGGAACAGCCCCCAGCUGAAGGUGGCCCAGGCGCAGCCGGCGGACCCCUCCUGCCCUGUGCUGGUGGUCGUGGGCCAGUUCGACUCCCCCGAAUUCCACCGACAGUCCUGGGAGUUUUACCAGAUCCUGUGUCAAGGAGGGUGGAAAGCCUCGUUUGAAAAGCUCCGUGACGUGGAUCACUUUGAAAUCAUUGAGACUCUGACCCAGAAGGACAGCGUGCUCACCCAGAUUAUCUUGAAAACAAUCUUCCAGUAGUUCUGACAAUACCAGGAGCCUGGUCCACAUGCAUUCCACCUUGGGAAGCCUCACCACAGAGCUCUCAGAGCCGAAGCUGAUGGUUUAGUCGUCCCCAGCGCCCAGGAGAGCCUUGCUGAGUCUGCCUGCCCAGAAACAGUCCAUUGUCACUGCUGGGACACUCGUGAAAAUCUCCAGAUCCUUCCUCUUCCCAGCCCGGAUGGAGCUCUAGGGAGGGUCUGGGGAAGGUCUAUGAGUCAAUGCUCUGAGAUGCUGGAGCCGCCUCUUAGCCUCGCCUGGCCCCUCGUCUGCUGACAGAAUGUGACAAAAAUGACUUACCUCCAGUGUUUUUGUAUGACCCACAAGCUAAGAAUGACUUUGCAUUUUUAGAUGGUUCAUAAAGGGUCACAAAAGAGUAUUAUUUCAUAACACAUAAAAAUUAUAUCAAACUUAAAUUUCCAUGUCGAUAAAUAAAGUUGUAUUGGAAUACGG